UCAAACUUGUCAUUAUUUCAUCCUUGGCGUUGGGACUCUACUUUCCGAAACCGCGAUUAUUCGUUUUACCAUUUCUUCCUAUAGCAACAUGGUUAAUCUUAUUUUACUCUUGUCGCUUUAUUCCGGGAGACCGCCGACCGCAUAUCUAUGUCUCGGUUUUACCGGCACUCGAAAAUAUUUUGUACGGUGAUAAUUUGUCGGCUAUCAUUGCCAGACACACGAACACACUUAAAGAUUUGUUGGCGUGGUUUCCGUAUGGGGUUGCGCAUUUCACGUUGCCGUUUUUUACUAGUAUAGGACUUUGGUGGGUUGGUCCUCCGGGGAUAUUGGCGGUUUUUGCGCGUGCUUUUGGGUACAUGAAUAUUGCGGGUGUUUUAACUCAAUUGUCGUUUCCCUGUUCACCACCAUGGUAUGAAUAUAUAUAUGGUAUGAACACCCCUGCUAAAUAUACAAUGCCAGGACAUCCCGGAGGUUUAGCACGUAUCGAUACACUUUUCAGUUCAACUACAUAUACCACAACAUUCAGCGGAUCACCAAUGGUAUUCGGCGCAUUCCCAUCACUGCAUUCUGGCUGUGCCAUCAUACAAGCAUUAUUCAUUUCCUAUGUGUUGCCAAAAUCCCGGAUAAUUUGUAUUUUGUAUGUGAUGUGGAUCUGGUGGGCGUGUAUGUACCUCACACAUCAUUAUAUGGUGGAUUUGGUCGGCGGGGGAAUUUAUGCCGUAAUAGCAUUUUGGUUCUCGUGGAAAUGGCUGCCUUCUGUGCGUUAUGAAUUCUCUAAUCGAUGGGAUUAUGUAAAAGCUGCUUUGCUACCGAGAACGACUAACGAUAUCGUAGAAAGAACACCGAUGUAUGCUAUAGUUGCUUAUCCUUCCUCACGUGAUGCAAGUAUUGAUAUGGAUAAUCAAGCGAUUGAAGAUAAAAAUGCCGCACUUUCCACUUCUUCUAGUUAUGAUAGUAACGAUGAAUUUGAUUUGGGACAUGGAGUUAAUCAUCACCAGCAAUCACAUUACCAAAAUCCUCAUGUUAUUGCUUCUUCUGAUAGUAUCAACUUAUCUGAGGAUAUCGAAGCUCUGUAG